CAUCCAGCCAACAGAAGUCUCACAACAGUCUCUCCAAAGUAGUCGGGGUGUUUUUCUAGGCCAACGAGGCUCAUCACAGUCUAAAGUACAAAGUUGAGUCUAGAAUGUCUUUCAGCGUCUUAACAAGUAAAAAGUUUUUAAAAAGUCACUUUAGUCUGAAAAAUGUCUACAAAAUUCAUGAAAAUGGGUAAAAAGUCUUUAAAAAAAAUCCAAUGUGCAUCAGACACGUUAAGUUUAGCAGAGUUACUGGACAACAGCAAAACAUUUUACUCCUGCGACCGUGAGGAUAGAAAGUGUCGUUAAAAACAUCUCGGUAACGGAAACCUUUUAAAACCUUUCUCUGGUGGAAAAAUGAGAUGUUGUUGAGCCAAAGUUCAAAAAUGGUCAAAGUCUCAAAAAGGUCAAAGAAAGUUCUUUACAAAGUUUGAAAAAGUCUCCAUGAUAAUAAAGCGUAAAACGUGUUCACAUAAACAGCCUUGGUGAAUCUCUCUGAUGUGAAUCCGCAUCAGUCUUCAUCCGGUCCUGAACAGGUUUUACAGGAUGAAAAAUAUAAAAAUCAUCAGUAACAGUCAGGAUGAUGAAGAGUCAGUGUGCGGAGGGAUGUGAGAGGAUGAACCCAGAGCUUUCCUCUUUCUUACGUGAUGAUCAAUCACUGAUCCAUAAAGGUAAUUGAUUUAAAACACACUCCAGUCUGAGUCUCUUUCAAAUUCAUAUUGGCUUUAUUGACUUGACCAUGAUUAAAUACAAUAUCACCACAACAUGUUUUACAGGGUUUACAAGGGAAGAGCAGUAAAAAAUGGCAACGAAUGAUUUGCACAUCGUAACUUUAUCGACGUAAAAUAAUGAAAUAAGGUUAAAAAAAAGUUAAAUAUUGUAAAAAGUUUAAAAAAAAAAAGUCAUUUCAAGCUUCUUUAGUCUGAAAAAAAAGAGUCUCUCUCUGAAAACUAAAGGAAGUUUCUAAAAUUCAAAGUCUAGUUUCUCUGGUGGUCUACAGGACACAGCAGAUCCUGCUGAGUCUGGAGGAGUCAGAUCUCAACUGGUAUCCUCCUUACCUGGAUCCUGCCGCUGCACCUGGUCUGAAUUAGCCACCUGUAGGUCGUGGGUUGUAGGGGCCCUGAGAAGUGUAUGAAGGCUCAGUAGGGUGCGGGAAAGUCUGGAGGGUUUGAGCCUCAUAAGGACAGCAGGGGGAGACAGAGGGGUGACGGACGUCUGUUUUCCUUUUUUAACCAUGAGGAGGUUGGAGUUCUUCUGCAGCUCCACAGUUGGUCCAGUUUCAGUGAUGUAAGAGUCGAGAAACUCAAGUUUCCAAUCCAGACCUUUCUGAGCUGCUGGUGGUCUGGAUAUGUAGGCAGAGUCUGAACUGCUGGUCAUCUGUCCCUUUUCUUUGGACGUUUUGGGGCAGCAGAGAGGGUUUGAGUUCAGACCCAGGUGUGUUUCAGGCGUUGGUUGUUUGUGCAAACAUCAGACGGUUUGCUCCCUGAAUAAUUCAGAGUCAGCUGAUAUCACACUGCUCCCUCACCUGGACCAAGGCUCCACCCCCUCACACCUUUCCACACUCACACAUUCACAAACACCCACAGCACACACACUUCACUUACAUAUCACACUUUACACCUCAGCCAGACCCUGAACAGACCAUCAUCAACAUUUCUGAAACUACACCAGACGUUUGCAGACUCUGGCCUGAAUAUUGACUGACACACUCUCGGCAGACUUUCAGUAGACCCUCUGAAGACUUUCGAUGGACCCUCUGAAGACUUUCAGGAGACCCUCUGAAGACUUUCAGCAGACCAUCUGAAGACUUAGGUAGACUCUCCGCAGACUCUGGAUGGCGAGCACAGCAGCUGAGCUGGCCAGGAAGAAGGCCCGGGAAGUGGACGGUGCCGGCAGCCAGGCCAACGCCGUCCCCUUCAACCAGCAGAACUUUGAGCAGCUGCGGAGGGAGUGUCUGCAGACUGGCUCACUGUUCUGCGACCCAACCUUCCCUGCAAACUGGGACUCUCUGGGAUACAACCAGCUGGGACGCUACUCAUCCAAAACCAUUGGAGUGGAGUGGAAACGACCCACGGAGCUGUGGUCUGAUCCUCAGUUCAUUGUUGACGGAGCAAAAAGAACAGACAUCUGUCAGGGAGUUCUGGGUGACUGCUGGCUGCUGGCUGCCGUGGCCUCUCUGACUCUGGACCCUCAGAUUCUGAGCAGAGUGGUUCCUCCUGGUCAGAGCUUCACCUCUCAGUACGCCGGCAUCUUCCACUUCCAGCUGUGGCAGUACGGAGAGUGGGUGGACGUGGUCGUGGACGACCGACUGCCCACCAGAGACGGGAAGCUGCUGUUCGUCCACUCGGCAGAGGGAGGAGAGUUCUGGAGCGCUCUGCUGGAGAAGGCCUACGCCAAGGUGAACAGUUCGUACGAGGCUCUGACCGGAGGUUCGAGUAUCGAGGGUUUUGAGGAUUUCACCGGGGGAAUCGCAGAGAGCUACAACCUGAAGGAGGCUCCACCCUUCCUGUUCAACCUCACGAGGAAAGCUCUGAAGCUCGGCUCGCUGCUCGGCUGCUCCAUCGACAUUUCCAGCUCGUACGAGACGGAGGCGAUCACCGCUCUGAAGCUGGUUAAAGGUCACGCCUACUCCAUCACUGCAGCUGAGCAGGUUCAUCACUUUGGUUCUCCUGUGGAGCUGCUGAGGAUCAGGAACCCCUGGGGACAGGUGGAGUGGACCGGAGCCUGGAGCGACGAUUCAAAGGAAUGGGACGGCGUUCAGCCGGAGGAGAAGAGGAAGCUGGACCACUCUGCUGACGAUGGAGAGUUCUGGAUGUCCUACACUGACUUCCUGCGUCAGUUUUCCCGCCUCGACAUCUGCAACCUGACGCCCGACACACUGACCAGCGACGAGGUUGGUCACUGGAACUACGCCGAGUUCGAAGGCGUGUGGAGGGUCGGGUCCACUGCCGGCGGCUGCAGGAACUACCCCGCCACGUUCUGCUCCAACCCUCAGUUCUUCAUCCGGCUGGAGGACGUGGACGAUGACCCUCACGACGGUGAGGACGGCUGCACUGUCCUGAUCGGGCUGAUGCAGAAAGACACUCGCAGGGAGAGACGCUUCGGACGCGACCUCAACACCAUCGGAUUCGCCAUCUAUCAGGUUCCUGAUGAGUAUAAAGGUCGCAGUAACGUCCACCUGGGCCCGGACGUCCUGCUGAGGACAGAGUCUGUGGCUCGCAGUCAGACCUUCAUCAACCUGAGGGAGGUGUGUGGCCGCUUCAAACUGCCGCCAGGAGAGUACGCCAUCGUCCCCUCCACCUUCCAACCGCACCGCAAAGGAAGCUUCGUCCUGAGGGUGUUCACCGAGAAAGAGGCCCGCAGCAGUCCAAUGGAGGAGGACGCAAACGCUGACAUCCAGGAGCCCGAUGUCGGAGAGAACGAUGUGGAUCCUCACUUCAAACAUCUCUUUGUCCAGAUCUCUGGAAACGACAGUGAAAUUUCCGCCUUCGAGCUCCAACAGAUUUUGGACAAAGUGGUUGCUCAGAGAUCUGAUUUAAAAACGGACGGUUUCAGUCUGCAGACCUGCCGCAACAUCAUCAGCCUGCUGGAUAUGGACGGUAACGCUAAACUGGGUCUGGUGGAGUUUCACACUCUGUGGACAAAGAUCCAGCGGUACCUGGAGAUCUUUAAGAGUCACGACUCAGACGGUUCUGGAACAAUGAGCAGUCAUGAGAUGAGAGCUGCUCUGGCUGAAGCCGGUUUCCAGGUGAACAGUGCUGUGAUCCAGGAGAUCGUCAGGAGAUUCGCCGACACGAGUUACGCCAUCGAUUUCGACUGUUUCAUCGGCUGUUUGAUCCGUCUGGAGCUGCUCUUCAAAAUGUUCAGAACUCUGGACAAGAAGAACCAGGGGAAGAUUGAAUUGGACAUGCAGCAGGUAAAAAAAUUCCGUCCUGUACUGGUCUGACUGGUCUGACUGGUCCUUGUCCAGCAACUCUCACCAGAAAACCAGAAUACAGUCCUGCUGGUGCCCCCUACAGACCGCAGUGAUGUCUGCAGCUUUUACAUCAGCCUGUCUUCUUCUUCUUGUUUUUUAUUGGUCAAAUGACACAGCAGCCUCAUGACAUCAUCACUGAUGUCUUCUUCUCUUCCUGCAGUGGCUCUGCCUUGCCAUCAACUGACCAUCCCCUGCUCAAGGAGCAUGCUGGGAGUUUUCACCUGCAACAUCUGCAUGGAUCUCAUUCAAAAUCUCGUCAAAAUUCCAUCUAAUUCUCAUCUAAAUCUCAUUUAAAGUCUCAUCAAAAUCUCAUCUAAAUUUAAUCAAAAUCUCAUCAAAAUCUCAUCUAAAUCUCAUCUAAAGUCACUGCCGUUUGUCUUAAAAUUGCUAUUUCCUUGUUAAAAACUAGUUAUAAUUAAACUGGUCUAUGAUGUGUGAAUUGUCUGUUUCCCCUUCUGAAUGUUUUAAAUUGUUUCAAAGCUGUGAGCAGCACAAACUGAACUCCGUCCACCUUCGGAUCAAUUCUGGCGAAUCAAACCAGAACUGUCCGACUGGAUCAGCUGAGUAACAAAGAAAAUGAAGGAUUCUGCGCAUCGUCGUUUACGUCCAGCACCAACAUUCAGUGUCAGUUCUGAGCUUUGCUGGUAGCAUGACUUCCCUCUGAGUUCAUAGCCACCAACUUGAGUUGUAGGGGAUGCAUUUAAUAAAUACCCAUUAAUACUGAUUAGAAUCCUCAUUAAUCAUGAUUAAUAAGUUCAUAUUAACUGUGAGCACCAUCUUUCCCAUCAUUUUAACCACCAUACAGACCAAUAGUAUGGAAGAUUUCAGAAAUUCUGAAUAAUUGUCAUUUAACACGGUUUUUAUUUAAUUGUGACAGUAAAGGCAGACAUAAAAAUCAAACCCAUAUAACAGUGUAUUAUAUUUCACUUUGUCUUUGUUAAAUUUGUCUUUAUUUAGGUAUUUUAUAUUUUCAUAUUACAACAGCAAAUCACAGUAAAUACACAUUUGGUCAAAACUGAAUCAUAACCAGUAUCGGACUCUCUAUCACACUGAGUGUAACAAAGGUCAUUGGCUUGAUUCAAACCGGGUGUUGGUUCAUGGUCACUGAGCCACACAAAUUCCUGUACGUUGUGCUAUUGUUGUGCUAUUAUUGUGAAAUACUCUUCAGUUUCUCCUCCUAAAUAAAACAA